GUGAACUCAUAGCCACUCGUAUGGUACCCAAGACAAACACGCUCCGAACAGCCUUUGUACGCCAAUAUGCCCGAAAUGGUUGCUUUCAAUAGCCCAGAGACGGUCAUCCCGACCACCUCCGACACCGAACGACCGCGGAAACCGCUGAAGAGGCGAACCAGUGCCCUAAAUACAAUGUUUUACUUCCUCGGGCUAGAGCAACGAUCCGGUGAAGGUGUUAAAGAAAACCAGUGGAUCCGAAUACUUACGUUUGUCAUUUUGUUUAUAGUAUUUGUAGCAAGCGCCAUUGGCUUCUUCAUCAUGUGGUGCACCAACAUGUACAACAAUUCCCUACUAAAGCAAUUAAUACUUACUGAAAACUCAACUGCGGCAGAAUGGUGGGCCAGACCACCGGUUUACCCUUUACUUAAAGUGCACGUUUUCAAUUACACCAACACAAAGGAAUUUUUGGAAGGAAAAGCUUCCAAGCUUAAGGUGGAAGAUUUAGGCCCGUUCGUUUACAAAGAAACGGCAGAGAAAACGAACAUCAUACAUAAUGGCGAUGGUACCAUCUCGUAUCGGGAGUAUCGCUACAUACAGUACCUGCCGGAAGAAUCGAAAGGAAAACCAUUCGAUCAGGUUGUCGUACCAAACGUAGUGUUCCUUACCGGCGUUUCUAAAAAACGUUUAGAGGGCACGUGGAAUCAGAUCACCUUUAAUGUAGCCGCCAGUUCGUCUGGUUCGUCGGCAUUCAUCAAGAAACCGGUUGAGUCUUUGCUCUGGGGAUACGAAGAUGAAUUGCUAAAGCUCGCCAAAUCAAUGUUUGGAUCUGAUAUCGUAUCUUCUUCGUUCGGAAUGCUUAUGACACGCAAUGGAACCAGUGCGGAGAAUUUUACGAUCUUUUCCGGCGAAUCUAGCCUCCAGGAUCUAGCCGUGAUCAAGCAUCUGGACGGAAAGCCGAGACUAGAUUUAUGGCACACGGACGAGUGUGACCACGUAGGAGGAACCGAUGGGUCCCAGUUUCCACCCCACCUGAUGGAUCGCAAACAGCCACUGCAGGUGUUUAUCAAAUCCCUUUGCCGAAAGUUCCCGCUCGUGUACGACAGUGAGGUAACCGCACUCGAUGGUAUCCCAGCUUGGCGAUACAAAAUCCCCAACAAUGUGUUCUCGCAUCCCGAUGAGCACACCCCAAACCACUGCUUCUGCCACCUCGAGUCCGGAUCGUGUCCUCCCAGUGGGCUGUUUAACAUAACUGGCUGCUCGAUGGGUGCGCCUAUUUUUGCCUCAUUUCCGCAUUUCUACACUGGCGAUCGCAAGUUAAUUGAGUCUAUCGAGGGCGUGGAACCGGUGCAGGAAAAGCACGAAACGUACGCCGACAUUCACCCGCGGUUGGCUUUCCCGAUUGAUGGUGCGUCUCGGUUUCAGAUAAACAUCCAGGUCCAGAAGGCAGCCAUGAUUACGGGUCUUGAAAAGUUCCAUGAAGGGCAGUAUUUACCGGUAAUCUGGCUCGAAGUCGUACCGGGCGUCAUUUCGGACGAACUGCGCGCCAUGAUUUAUCACAGCACGUACAGUGCGAACGCUAUCCAGAUGUCACUCCGUGUCGGUACGCUGGCGUUCUUCGUUCUAUCUUUUAUUCUGCUCAUUGCCAAAUGCUACUACGGUGCGCGGAGUUCUAGCAAAAAGUAA